GCGGGACUUUGCCCCCGCCCCGGCGGGCCCCAGCGCUCCCGUCCCACCGCCAUGGCCGCCAUAGCCUCCCCGGGGCCGGCGCGGCUCCUCCGGGCCGCCGCCGCUUCCUCCCGCCGCUGGCUCUUCUCCGCCUCGCCGGCAGCCGGGCCGAGACCGGGCUGCGGCAGCGCUGCCGCUGUCGGGCGGGCAGCGCGGCCGUUCAGCCUCUCUGCCCGGGCGGUGCUCAGCUCAGAAGAUAAAAUAACUGUUCAUUUCAUAAACCGCGAUGGUGACAAACUAACAGCCAAGGGAAAACCUGGGGAUUCACUGCUGGAUGUUGUUGUUGACAAUAAUCUAGACAUAGAUGGUUUUGGUGCAUGUGAAGGAACACUAGCCUGUUCAACUUGUCAUUUAAUAUUUGAAGACCACAUAUUUGAGAAACUAGAUGCAAUUACUGAUGAAGAGAUGGACAUGCUGGACCUGGCAUAUGGCCUCACAGAUACAUCACGUUUAGGCUGCCAAAUCUGCUUGAAGAAAUCAAUGAAUGAUAUGACUGUUCGAGUACCAGAAGCUGUGGCUGAUGCUAGACAAUCAGUAGAUAUGAGUAAAAACUCCUAAAAGAAAAUAUCCUAGGGGUUUUAAAGAAGCUUAAUUAUUUUUAUAACUUAUUUUUAAAUGUGUAAUUAAAUAUGGAAAUUUACAUAAUUGUGAGUUAUUUUAUAUGACUAUCAAUAUUAGAUCAAUGCUAUUUUAAUUUUCUUUAUAGAACCUCUUAUAUUUUUACGCUUAAAAUGCAAUAAUACUUCUUAUAAGUAGUCAUUGGAUUAUAAACAUUAGCAAGUAUAUUACAGAUUUCAUAUUACAUUAUUCUGCCAAAACAUUUAAUGACAUCUAAAAACUGGAUCACUUAUACAGGACUUCUCCUAAAACAAGCUCUGAGCAUUUCUUGAUGUCAGACCUGAAUGUUUAAGAGAAAAAAGCUUGUAGGACUGCAUGGGAUCUUUUUAAGUGUUGCCAUUAAAGAUCGUAUGCUCAGAGCUAAUUAAAAUUCUCAGUAAAUACGAUACUUUCUCAGCAAAUAGUGGAUUUUCAGGAUAGGAAUUUUCCAAAUUUUGGAAUCUCAGUGAGAUGUGGCAAAUGUUGUCUUGUGAAAAUUCUGCUAAACCCAUGAGUUCUAGGAGCUGUGUUAUGGUUUAACCCAGCAGGCAGCUAAAUGCCGCUUAACCAUUCACUUGCACCCCACCACUGCCCACCCCCCUUCCAAAUGGGAUGGGGGGGAUAGACUUGGAGGGGAAAAAAAGGUGACAUUCAUGUGUUAGACAGUUUAAUAGGACAGAAGAGAAAGGAAAACAACAGUAAUAAUGACAAAACAAGUGAGGCACAACACAAUUGCCUACCACCUGAUGACUGAUGCCCAGCCAGUUUCUGAGCAAUGACCCCCAGCCAACUUUUGCCCCAGUUGAUAUUUUGAGCAUGACACCAUAUAUUCUGGGACCUCCUGCUGGUCACUUGGGGUCAGCUGUCCUGGCUGUGUCCCCUCCCAAUUCCUUGUGCAGCCCCACAAAGUGAGGUGAGAAUCUGAAAAGGCCUUGACUUAGUUGUUGCUAAGCUGUGUUUACAUUUAAACACCAGUGUGUUACAAACAUUAUUCUGAUUCUAAAUAAAAAACAGCACUGUACCAGCUACUAGGAAGAAAAUCAGCUCUCUCGCAGGUGAAACCAGGAGAGGCUGAUACAGGAUGUUGGCACCUGCAGCUUAACCGUGGCCCAAAUCAGAUGUGAGUAAACCUCGACAAUAUUUACAUUUGACUACACCACAUAUAUUGGGAUAGAGCAGCCUUAGAAGAAUGAAUCCUUGGAGCUGUGUAAUGGGAGAACAUACCCAGUGGAAUUACAGCCUACCCAUCACAAACUUUCACUGUCCUCUAUAUAUGGCUGAGUUGGGAUUGAACAGGGCAAUGUUUGUUGACAUCAGAUUUGUUCUGAAAUCUUUAUCCCUUUUUAGUUUAGAGCUUGUGCAGGUGGCAGUCUGAUGUUAGCUAGGCUGUUCAGCUUGGAGAGAUUGCUUGAUUCUGGGCCUUGCUCACAGAAUCAUUUCAGUAACAGUUGAUGUGAAAUGACCAAGUAUAUUUGUUUCAUAAAAAUGGCCUAGGUUCCCCAGAAGGUACAGGGAAACCCCUGUGGGGAGGUGGUAUCUGCACUGAUGAUGAAGAGCUUUCAGUUGAAUACUGUUUUAGUCUUUCUAAAGUAGCCCAAAUAAAACAAUGUUUCUAAGAUUAUGAUUCUCUCCAACUUUACAUAAUACUUACAUGAACUGGUUAUCACCAGGAGUUGUUAAAUUUGAUUUUUUUUGCCUUUAUAUAUAUGUAUAUAUAUAAACCAUGUUUGUUUACAUUUGAAUGAUCUAAUGCAUUCAUUAAUGAUUUGUUUGAACUGGUAACAAUGACAUCUGGACAUCUUGCAUAUAUGGGAGGAGAUAAAAGUUAUUUUUCCAGUGUCAAAUAUUGGGAAUAUUUUGAGUUUCAUAAAGAGGGAGAAAAAAGUUCCUCUUUGUUAUAAAAAUUAAUAUUUUCUAGAACUAUAUUAAAAAUAGAUGUGGGUCAGAUUCUUUUAUUUUCUUUCUUAGUUACCUCAUUUCCUUCUGUUACCUUUUAACUUCGUCGUAAUGCAAGGUAUACUACUUGUGGUCUGCUCAAAACUUAAUCACGUAGGGGUUUCAGAAUACACUUCUGAUGUCAUCUGAUUAAAACAGACUUCAGAAUUAAAAUUUCAAGGCUUUAUGGAAGGGCAGAGAGAGGAAGGUCAGGGAGAAGGGGAGGCAUACAUUGAAGAAAUGUCCUGAAGAUGCUGCUGCGAUUCUAACUAUGACUGAGAGGUUGCCCUCACACGGUCAGACACCAAGGUAAAUCUCACUUUGUAUUGCCUUUGUCCUGAGCUCAUUUAUAUACAGUUAGUACUAUUAAAUCUUGAGGUUUUGGUUUUGUUUUUUUUUUUACCUGAGACAGCUUAUCAGCUUCCAAGAGAAGGAACUUGGGUCAUAACCAGAUGUGUUGUGCAUUUGUACAUCAGAAAGAAAUAUGAGGUUUCAGUAUACCUGUGAGGUAUAAGGGUAGAUGUUGAUAUUUAUUGAGUUUUGGGCUCUUGACUUUUUGCUUUGGGUUUAUGGGUUUUUUUUUCAUACAGCACCAGGUACUUCUUGUGAGAAUCUUGAAGUGCUUAACACUGUGUUAAACAAAUGUGGAACAGCUCCCAAGUGAGUUUUCUUUCUAAGCCAAGGUGGUUUUGUUGUGUGUUUCCUGUGACAGCUUCUCAUUACAAAGACUUUGACUCUCCUUUACUGUGCCUGUGGAAUGAAUUUCUCAGCACAGCAAGGCAAAAAAGGACACUUCGAAGUUCAUUUUGAAUUCUAGAGGUAUCCCAUACUGCAUGCAAAUGGAAAUCUCGGAACACAAAGGAACUGACUUGUAGUCCCCAAAAUGCACAGCUCAGAGAUACUAGUUUAUUGUCAAAAUGAUUUGCAAAUAAAUCUUAUUUUUAACCUCUUUCUGA